AUGUCUAAAUAGUAAAAUCUUCCUUAUAAUUUCAAUGAUAUGACCUAAGCUUAAUAAACUAUGUUUCUUAAAGCCAAAACUUAAUUAGAAAAAGAAAAGGCUUGGGCUGAAAUUAGAAAAUAAAAAGAGGAAGAGGAAUAUAAAAGAUCAAUUCUUUAAUCCAAUUCCUAGAAUUAAAAUUCUUAAGUUUCAAAAGUUAAUCUAGAAAAAAUAUCAAGUGAAUCAGAAUCAUCUGACUCCUUACAAUCAGAAAAUGAAUUUUAAAAAGAAGAGCCUCAAUUUGAUUAAAAAGUAGAAGAAAAACCAAUCAUCCCAGAACCAAAUAAUGAACUCUUAGAUAACUAUUUUAAAUUAAUCCAAAAUGCAUAACUUAAAAGAGAUCAAAUUUAUUAUCUUUUGAUGAGGCAUUUUUGUGAUAAUGUAAUUGAAGGAUCAUUUGUUAAAAUUAAUGAGCCCAAUCUCAUCAGAAGAAAAGAAUAAAGUUAUGCCAUAGCUUAGGUUUUAGCUGUUGUUGAAGGAGAAAAAUCUUAUCAGUUGGAAUAAACUUCAACAUACAAAUUACUUAAAUUAUAAUUUGGAGAAGUUAAGGAAGCUAAAUUAAGACAUAUUACACUUAUUUCCAAUCAAUAAAUUCAAAAGCAAGAAUUUGUUGUAUGGUAAAAAAGAUGUGAAGAAAAUGGAAUUCAAAUACCCACUAAAGAAUUUUUAUAAAAAAAAGAAAGGUAAAUGCCAUACAUUUAUUUUUAACUAGAGAUAUUUGUAAAUCUACUACCAAAUUAACAGAUGAUCAAAUUAAAGAAAGAAUUAACUACAAUCUCACUAAAUGGACCCAAAAUCCCAAAUCUAAUAUUCAUUUUAGAGAUUUACCAGUUUACUAAAAUUUUAUCAAAAAUCUUAUUUCCACCAACAAAUCAAUUAUUGAACAAGGAGAAGAAUUUAUUGCAGAUAUCCAAGAUCCUGGAGAAGGGGAAACUGAAAAAAAAUAACUAAAAUAAGAAGAAACUAGCAAAAUCUUGAGAUAUCAAAGAUAAAAUAGAGAAAAAACAGAAGAAAAUACUCAUUUGAAUGAAGAAUUGAAAAAAAUUGAAUAAUUACUCAAACAUUUUAAAGAGACUCAAAGUUAGAAGGUUGAACCUUAAAAAAAAUAACCUCAACAAAUUGAAUAACAAUAAGUAAACAAAUAAAUAAAAUAAAGUGUUAAAUUUUCUAUUAAUCAUGAUUAAUAAAAACAAUUAGAUUUAAAAUAUAUUAGACAAUAUCCAAACAUAAAAACAAUAGAUGGUAGUGAAUAAUUUAAAGCUAAAAUCCUUAAUAUGCACAAUAGAGAACUUCCAAUUGAUAAUAUAAUUGAUAAAAUGAUGAUUUUGGAAUGA